UGCCGUCCAACCUUACCACUAUGUGGACGAAACAGUGACGCUUACCUUCCGGCCACCGCAAAGGUUAGUUACGUCUCUUCAUUCCAUUACAUUGUCCCUCAACCGUGUAGAAACAGCUUGGCAGCAGUGCUCAUUGUCAGGACUGAUCUAUGGCAUUCCUCGCCCGGUCCCUUCUCCGAAAAACUCAUUCAUCGGCACGCGCGAGUCGGGCUCUCCCCUACCAUCAAUGCCGCCUUCAGCACGAUGUCCAUGAUCCACCACGCGGCAACCCUCCGAUAGCCGGACGCGGGCCACCAGGACCGCCAAAGGAGGAAGCAGCUUCGCUACGAGACAAUGGCAGGCCGAGCUCGUACCUCGGUACUACCAGGCGUCUACCAGAGUUCAACCUGAAUGACAAAGUAGUGCUCGUGACGGGAGCAGCAAGAGGCUUGGGCCUUGUGCAAGCAGAGGCGUUGCUUGAAGCUGGAGCCACAGUAUACGCGCUGGAUCGACUGACGGAACCCUCGCCCGACUUUUACAGAGUGCAGAAACGAGCGGCCGAAGAGCUAGGGACAACGUUGCACUACCGGCAGAUUGAUGUUCGCGAUGUCCCACGCUUGAACGAGAUUGUUCGCAAUAUCUCCGAGUCUCAGGGAAAGCUCGAUGGCUUGAUCGCUGCGGCGGGUAUACAGCAAGAGACGCCAGCGUUGGAAUACUCCCCAAAGGAUGCCAACACCAUGUUCGAGGUCAACAUUACUGGCGUAUUCAUGACAGCUCAAGCGGCAGCCAAGGAGAUGAUCAGGUGGGGUAACGGUGGCAGCAUAGUCAUGAUCGCGUCGAUGAGCGGCACCGUGGCGAACCGGGGCUUGAUUUGCUCUGCAUACAAUGCUAGUAAGGCCGGCGUGAUACAGCUCGCGAGAAAUCUCGCCGCAGAGUGGGGACCACACGGUAUACGAGUGAACACACUGAGUCCGGGCUACAUUGUUACUGCCAUGGUUGAGGCACUUUUCGAGCAGUUCCCAGAGCGAAAAAGAGAUUGGCCAACACAAAAUAUGCUGGGUAAGCUGAGCAAACCGGAAGAAUACCGCGGUGCCGGUGUCUUUCUGAUCAGCGAUGCGAGCUCGUUCAUGACGGGAAGUGAUCUCAGAAUAGAUGGCGGUCAUGCUGCAUGGUAGACGCUGCUGUUCGCGUUGGUGAACCAGAAUUUGGACAGCGAACGUAGACGGAACAUUCAUCAAGUAUUCCUCGUCAGAUAAUGCGACAAGAGGUACUAUAUGAAUCAGUUGUGCGUC